AUGCAUGUUGUUUUUUUCCAGGUUAUUCAGGAACUGAAAAGUAAAGAUAUUAGCAAAUCAUUUCGAAAAUCCAUAAACAAAAAACUGGGGAUUACUGCAAUUGGAGGAACAUCAUCCAUUUCCAGUGAGGGAACUCAGCAUUCUUACUCAGAAGAAGACAAGGUCGCGUUUGUUAACUGGAUAAAUAAAGCUCUUAAAGAUGACCCUGACUGCAAAUAUUGUCUCCCUAUGAAUCCAUCAGAUGAUAGCCUUUUUAAUUCACUUGCUGAUGGUAUCCUUCUUUGCAAAAUGAUUAAUUUAUCUCAGCCAGAUACGAUUGAUGAAAGAGCAAUUAAUAAGAAGAAGCUUACUGCAUUCACUAGAUCAGAAAAUCUAGAUCUAGCACUAAAUUCUGCAUCAGCUAUUGGCUGUACAGUAGUUAACAUUGGAUCACAAGAUCUAAUAGAUGGAAAGCCACAUUUGGUGUUAGGAUUAUUAUGGCAAAUUAUUAAAGUUGGGCUUUUUUCUGAUAUAGAGAUUUCCAGAAAUGAAGCUCUUAUUGGUUUACUAAGUGAUGAAGAAGGAUUGGAGCAAUUAAUGAAAUUGUCCCCAGAAGAACUUCUGCUACGGUGGGUUAACUACCAUUUGAAUAACGCUGGGUGGAAGAAAAUAAGCAACUUUGGUCAAGACAUUAAGGACUCAAAAGCUUAUUAUCAUCUUUUGAAUCAAAUUGCACCCAAACAAGGCAACAGUGGAGAAACAGCCAUUGCCAUCGAUUUUUCAGGGUUUAAUGAACCAAAUGAUUUGAGGAGGGCUGAAUAUAUGCUUCAACAAGCAGAUAAAUUGGGUUGCAAACAGUUUGUGACACCUACAGAUGUGGUUACAGGCAACCCUAAACUUAAUUUAGCCUUUGUUGCAAACCUCUUUAAUACAUACCCUGCCCUGGAGAAGCCUAAAAACAAUUCUUAUGAUUUCAGUUUAUUAGAAGGUGAAAGUAAGGAAGAAAGAACAUUUAGAAACUGGAUGAAUUCAUUGGGUGUAACUCCUUAUAUUAAUCACUUAUACAGUGACCUUGCUGAUGGUUUAGUAAUCUUUCAACUCUAUGAAAUGAUUCGUGUACCUGUAGAAUGGAGUCAUGUCAACAAACCACCAUAUCCUGCACUUGGGGGUAACAUGAAAAAGAUUGAAAAUUGUAACUAUGCAGUAGAACUGGGAAAGACAAAUGCCAGAUUUUCAUUGGUUGGAAUUGGUGGAAAAGAUCUCAACGAAGGCAACCCAACUUUGACUUUGGCACUAGUUUGGCAAUUAAUGAGAAGAUAUACUUUGAAUGUACUAUCAGACCUUGGAGAAGCAGGGAAAGUAAAUGAUGAAACUAUCAUUAAAUGGGUGAAUCAAACUCUUGCAAAUGCAAAGAAGACAACUUCAAUAUCUAGCUUCAAGGACCAAUCUAUAAGCACUAGUUUGCCAAUAUUAGAUUUAAUAGAUGCUAUUGCACCAAAAGCAGUCCGCCCAGAAAUGGUCAAGAGAGAAGAUCUAACACCAGCAGACAAGCUAAAUAAUGCUAAGUAUGCUAUUUCUAUCGCUCGGAAAAUUGGUGCUUGUAUAUAUGCCUUACCAGAUGACUUGGUAGAAGUGAAGCCAAAAAUGGUCAUGACAGUGUUUGCAUGUUUAAUGGGAAGAGGAUUAAACAAAAUAAAAUAAAGAAUGGUUUCUUUUCUUUUUCUGCCAUGAUAAACGCAUUGAAUGCCUCAUUGUUUACAGACUAAUGUAAAGCAGAUAGUUUAUAUAUAUAAAUGUGGAAAAGUAAAGAUAGAUUAUUUAAAAGGAUUUCUUUUUUAGUUAUCACUUGAAAUGUGUAUUACAUCAGUAUGUGAGCUAACUCUGUUAACAUGAUGCAAUAAUCGUAAUUAACAUUACUAUGCUCAGCAGCUUUUUUAACCUGUAUAUGAUUUUUCUCAGUGCAAAGAUUCCCAAGAGUGUAAAGUGCUAUUUUAGGAAAUACUGUGAAGUCAAAACUUUUGAUUGAUGAGAUAAAUUUCAGUUGUUGCUAACAAACUUCUCUUGCUAUGGUUAUAAAAUAAAGAGUCAAUGUUUUCAAUAAAAGAGAAUAUAUGUAGCUCAGAGUUGAAUUGCGGAGUCCUUGGUCCUCUUGUCUUUGGUUCUUUGUAGAUGUUUCAUUAACUGACUAGGUAACAUCAUUAGCACUAUUAAGUGUGGACUUUGCUCACUAUUUGUGUACAGCGUCAAUAUAUAUCCUGCCAAGUGUUUUCUCCUUGGUAGUUCCUGGAUAUCCUUAUCAGCAGAGGAAAUAAUAACAAAUUAGAAACCCAAAUCUAUCAAAAACAAUCCACACUAACCAAGUGCUCCAUUACCAAAAUAAUAACCGAACCUCUCACACUAGUUGCUGUGUAAGAAGAGUACAAAUACUGCAGCAACCAAAAUAUCAGGAAAAGGAAUAUAUAAGCUAUGAAAAUAAAAAGCUAAGGAAACAAAAAGAUCAGAAAACAUCCUUCCAGCAGCUGAUAUCAAGAUAAACCGGGAUUAACACCAUAUAAACAAUGAAGCAGAAAACAAUACCCUAAUCAAGGAACUUCCUAAAAGAAAACCACACCAACAAAGCAAGCUACUAUAUAAAACAGGGAACAAAGUUCACACUCACUUCCAUUGCUGAUGUUACAUAGUCAGGUAAAGAAAGUUUGUCCACAAGCAAAUAAUCAAAUGGCACCAAGGACUCCACAGACAAUGUUUAAAUCUGUAACAAAUCUUGUAUUUCAACUAUGA